AUGGACUCCAAUGCUGUCCUGCUGUUUGCUUGUUACAUGUAUAUAGUUAUGUUACAAGCAUCAUCAGUAGAAUGCAGUUACUACCACUCUUAUUCCAACAACAUCACAACAUCUGACCAGGAGGCCACAGUAGCCGGUAUCAUUCUGGGCGUCUUGUUCACCCUAGGAAUCAUGAUAUCUGUAGCGGUGUGUAUCGCCUUAUUCUGCUGUAAAUCUAAGAACGGCAGUAACCGACUGGUCAGCCAUAAUGACAUCAGAGACUCCUCUCCCACCACCGUCACUUUCGUCACCAAUACCAGUCCAUCUAGCCCGGGACAAUUUCCGGUCUCUGGUGUCCAGGGCCCCCCUCCUUAUCGCUCCCUAUUUCCGGGGUCGCCACCACAAGACAUCAUGCCACAACAGACGAUGCCUAACUCACCACCACCUAUGUAUUCAGAAACAUAAUAAAAAGUGCAAUAAACCAUAAAAGUCGU